UGAUUACAUGAUCGUAAGGUGAAUAAACUAUUUUGCUAAUGUGUAGAGUUUGUCAAUUAUAUACCGGCGUGGUGGUACCUACGUACUUAUAUUUAUAAAUGGUUUCCCAUUGUCAUUGUCCGAAGCCAUCGAGAUUCUGUAAAGUAGGGAAUACCAUAUUGUAGAUAAUAACUAUACAAUGUAAUUUAUUUACAAAUGUUGGAGACAACAAAACUGUUAUAUUUUUUAUUUUUGAUAGUGUUUUUGUCUGAGUGUCAAGGGAAAAACUAUUGCGGGCUCAAUGUCUGUAAUAAUACUAAAGAGCAUACUUUAUGUAAAUUCCAGUCCGAAGAUCCAGCUCGUCACUGCGUCGGGUUUGAGAAAACGAUCAAAACUCAAAGAGAAAAGCAGGCUAUUCUGGACAAGCUGAACAGUCGUCGAAAUAAGGUGGCUGCAGGUGAAAUACGGUCAUUUCCUUCUGCUGAAAAUAUUAUGAAAUUGGAAUGGAGUGAUGAACUGGAACUUUCAGCACAACGAUGGGCGAACCAGUGCGUUAAACACAGCACCCCGGACAUCCGCGACACAUGUCGUGAUUUAGGCAACGUGUUCGUGGGGCAGAACAUUGCCACGAUAUAUGGUGAGGCUCCAGGACUGACUCCUCUAGCGCUGGUCGAUGUUUGGUAUAUGGAACUCCUCAACGCGAAUGCUUCGGUGAUAUCAAGUUAUCAACGGUCGUCUGAUGCCGGGUACUCGCACUACGAAUAUUUCACACAGCUAAUAUGGGCUAAAUCUAAGCAAGUCGGGUGCGGAGGUGUGAAAUUCAAAGAAAAUGUUCAAGGCAAGGAGAAGAAAAGGGACGUUUACCGGCUGGUGUGCAACUUCGCUCCGGGUGGCAACCUGCUAAACCAAUCUGUAUAUGAUGAUGGAAAAAUGUGUUCCAAGUGCCCCGAAGGCACAUGUGACUCCGUUUUUACGGCCCUUUGCAGUUUAAAAUCACAAUCAACAAAAUAUACUAAAUCGGGAAUCACGGAACAUGAAAGUGCUACAUCAACGAACGAAGUUACUAAUUGGAUCUCUAAGGGAUUAAACACAAAUUCAAAAACGAAUAUUAAUUCAACGGUGAUUGAUUCACAUAACUCUGGUACUUUGGGCAAUGACAAUAUAGACAUUUUAAUUCCAUUUGAUUAUGUACCACAUGAAUAUAUAAGACCAACAAUAUUGACAACUACCAAAACUACACCUUCUUGUAAAGAUGUUAUGGUGGUUGAUGAUUUCGUCGAACUAUUGAAAAAAAAGCUAAGUACAGACCCCAUGUUCAAAGAAUUUCUAAAAACUACUACAGUAAGCACGGAACAUUUUGAGAAUGCUUAUACUGAUGCUUUUGCGUUAGUCAAUCGAAUUUAUAGCAGCAAUGAGAAGCUUUCCACUACAAAUAAACCGCAAGAAAGAGAUUCUGUUAACUCUACUCUUCUCGUGGAUUUAGUGGAAGCGGUUAUUUUUAGAAAUAACGAUAAAAUUAAAUCCACUCGGGAACCGAUAUUAGGGACACGGUUUGAGCCGGAUGUAAGUCCUGUAAAAAUUCAAGCUGAACUUGCGGAAGUGAGGCUCAAUUCGGAUUUUACAGGACAUUUAUUUUUUCCCGAGGAUAUUGAAAAUGGAAACAUUGACACAACAGAAGUUUAUUACGAUAUGCCAAGUGUUUCUCUUGAUGAUUUCACAAUUGGUGCUAUAAAAAGAACCAAAGCAACAAAAGACUUUUUAGAGGAAAUCCUUGAAUCUGAAUCUACUACCGAAAAGCAAGAAAGCAGCAAUGAGAUAACAAGAGAACGUCUGUUAAAUAAAAAUCUAAAGAAAAAAUAUGAAUUUAAUAGACGAAAACGAGGAGACAACUUUCAAACCGAUUAUAAUAGUGGUAAAGAUACAGAUUAUAUUGUUGAUCACAUUGCGCCAUUAGAAAAUUUUAAGAAGAGUUUGAGGUCCGAUUGCAGUUAUCACAAGAUAAAAUAUGUCGACUUACUUGACAAAAUAGCGUCAGAUCUAAAAGUACUGAAAUUAAACAAGAGAUUUCAUUGUACACGUAAUAUAUCUCAAAAGAAUUCAUUUAUGGUAAUUUUAAUUUUCCUUGUUAUUUUACAAAUUAUAUUUUAAUGAAUAAACAC